UGGCGCGCGGGGCCCCGGUGACUUGGGACGGCCAAGAUAGACGGCUCCGUAUAAAAGGAGAGACAAGAAGCGCAGGGCGAAACGAACGAAGGAUAUAUUAUAAACGGGGAGCGACGACCACACAGUGACGACGACGACCACGACGAACACGAUCGAAUAUUCUUCAUAAAUUUCUACUUCUUCCUCCUAAGAAGAAGAAGAAGAAGAAGAAGAAAAGUGCGCGAACGGCGUGAGCUCGCCACCUUCGUUCGAGCCGAAACGAAAGAUUAAACGUUAAAAAAAAAGAAAAAGAAAAACUCGCCAAGGUGGCUGGAAUCGAGGAUUUCUAAUUAUUUGGAAUAAUUCAUCGUUCGCUGCAAGAGAGGAGUUGGUUGGCGCGCGCGACGGGGGAGGAAGGGCAAGGUCGAUUGGAUGGUGCCGCGGGUCGGCGCCGUUUGAGCCGAGCGUGAAGGAGGAGGAGGAGGAGGGUUAGGUGCCCUUCGAAGGAGGAGCGGAGGAGGAGGAGCGAGGGAAGGAGGGUGGCUCGCCGGGCGAGGAAUUGGGGCGACCCGGCAACAUGGGGGUCGCCGACGACUUCGCGCCGAGCUUCACCCAGAAGCCGCAGCUCAGGCAGGAGGACGACGGAAAUCGGCUGAUCUUCGAGUGCCAGCUGAUCAGCUCGCCGAAGCCCGAGAUAUCGUGGUAUCGGGGCGAGGUCGAGCUUGGCCCCGACACGAGGACCAACUUCCGGAUGCAGAGCGUCGGGACGAACAAGUUCCUCGUCGUCCUCGAGCUCGACGACGUGAUCGAGACCGACGCCGGCCUGUACAAAGUGAAGGCCAAGAACAAGAUGGGCGAGGUCGCGGCUUCGAUCAACCUGAAUUUCAGUCCGGCGGAAGAGGCAGACAGGGAUGGACAAAUCGAUGGAAUCGCGCCAACUUUCGCGAAGAAGCCCGCUAUCAGACAAGAGGACGAUGGUAAACGAUUACUUUUCGAAUGUCGCAUCACGGCUGAUCCCACGCCCAAAGUAACGUGGUUUCACGAUGGAAAUAUGGUAAAAGAUUCACCGAGGCACAAGCUAACCGUCGACAAAGAUGGUCACUCGUACUUCGCCACAUUGGAGAUAAAAAAUGUGACCGUUGAGGAUGCUGGUAAAUAUAAGGUCACUGCGAAGAACGAGCUCGGCGAAUCGAACGCCACCAUUUCCUUAAACUUCGAUAGCGACGAGGCACCCGUACCCGACGACGGUAUUAAACCGACUUUCACCGAACGACCGGUGAUAAGGCAAUCGGACGACGGUAACACCAUCACCUUCGAAUGUCGAUUAGUCGGCGACCCGAAACCAACCGUCAAGUGGUAUCACGGUAGCGAAGAAUUGAAAGAAGACGGAAGAUACAGGAUGUCGUUGGAAUUGGAUCAAAAGCUGUACCAUCUAGCGAGGUUGAGAAUCGACAACGUGGCGAAAGGCGACGCCGGGGAAUACAGAGCUGUGGCGAAGAACAAGCAUGGCCAGGGUGUCGCUACCAUUAAUUUGAACUUCGAGGGGGGUGACAAGUUGAAAAUACCGGACGGUAAACCACCGCGUUUCCCAAAGAAGCCAACAAUUCGACAAGAAGGGGACGUGUUGAUCAUGGAGUGUAUCUUGGAAGCUCACCCGGUCCCGGAUAUAACUUGGUACCAAGGUCAGAAGACGAUCACCGACAGCAAACGUGUCAAGAUGUCACGCAAGGCGACCGGGAAGGACACUUAUUUGCUCACGCUCGAGAUAUCGAAUCCGACCAAGGCGGACGGGGGAAAUUAUCGAUGCAACGCGUUUAACAACUUCGGCGAGAGUAACGCAAACAUCUCCCUCAAUUUCCAAGAAGAGGGACCUGGUUUCGCGCCGACGUUCGUCGAAAAACCUCGUAUCAUUCCGAACGAAACCGGCACCUUGAUCACGAUGAAAUGCAAGUGUAAGGCGAAUCCAAAACCGGAAGUUACGUGGUUCCGUGGGGCCAAUGUCGUCAAAGAAUCCUCCAAGAUUUCCAUCAAGACGAAGACCGUCGAGGAGGACGUUUACGAGUUGAUCAUGGAGAUCAAGGAUCCUUCGGCGCCUGAUGGCGGCACUUACAGGUGUCACGUGAAAAACGAGUACGGUGAGAGCAAUGCGAAUUUGAAUUUGAACAUCGAGGCGGAGCCCGAGCCGGAAGGAGACGGGCCGACUUUCGUCGAGAAACCGCGGAUACAGUCUCAAAAUCAGGGUAAACUGGUGAUCAUGGAUUGCAAGGUGAAGGCUAAUCCGAAACCUGAAAUCGUGUGGACCCAUGCGGGAAAGAUAGUGAAGGAGUCCUCCAAGAUCUCGAUCAGUAUCGUUCAAGAGAAGCAGGAUAUCUAUUACAUCAAAUUGACGUUGAACGAUCCAGGUGCCGAAGAUUCAGGUUUAUACAAGUGUAACAUCAAGAACGCUCUUGGCGAAUUGAAUGCCAAUCUAACGCUCAACGUUGAAAUUAUACCCGUGAUCAAGGAAAAACCAAAGGUCGUGAAGAUCGUGAAGAAGAGAACGGUCAUAGUCGAGUGUCACGUGCUUUCCAAAUUUACCCCGGAAUGCACUUGGUUCAAAGAGACAAACGCUGUGAAAGCGGACAACAGGCACAAAGUCCACGUCGAGCAAGUAAAAGAGGGAGAAUUUGCUGUCAAGUUGGAAAUCGAACAAGUGUCAGCCUCUGACAAAGGUGUGUACAAGCUAGUUGCUCGUAACGAAAAAGGCGAGGCAACGUCCCAAGUUGUAGAAGUUACGGAAAUUAUGGAGGAAGGCGAGAAACCUAAGAUUAUAUCCGGUUUGAAAUCAGCGACGAUCGAGGAAGGUAAAUCGAUCGAACUUGUCGCCAGUCUGUCCAAACAGGAUCGUAAAGUUACCAUCACAUGGUACAGAGAUUCCACGGUGGUCAAAGCUUCCAAAGACAUAAUGAUAUCUUUCAAUGGUGUAGAUAUGAAAUUGUCGAUCACAUCUGCUUCCACUUCGUAUUCUGGAACGUAUAAAGUAGUAGUUAGUAACGAAUACGGUCAAGAUGAAUCGUCGGCACGAUUGGUUGUCAAGAAAAAAGAAGAAAAGAAAGAGGAAGAGGAAAAAGAGGAGAAAAAGAAGAAGGUUGAAAAGAAAGAGGAGGAGAAAAAAGAGGAAAAGAAGAAAGAAGAGAAGAAGGAAGAAAAGAAGGAAGAGAAGAAAGUAGAAAAGAAAGAGGAGAAAAAGGAAGAAAAGAAAGAGGAAAAGGUAAAAAGCUCGAUUCGGAACCAUGAUAAAGAAAAUCUUUUCGAAAAAGAUGAGGAAGAGGAAGAGGAAGAGUUGGAGGAGGUGGAGGUGGAGGAGGAGGAGGAGGAGGAAGAUGAAGUGGUGAGUGUAAUCGAGUCCAGCAUCGCAGAGCCGAUUAUCGAAGAGCCAGAUUCAGAAACGAUAUCACAAAUCGAGGAUAUACCCGACCACACACCGAACGGUAUCGACAAAUCUGCUCCUAAAAAGAAACUGGAAGUAAUACAGAAGAAACCAGAAGAAAAAAUCGAAGAAAAGAAGGAAGUUGAAAAGAAAAAAAUUGCGAAGAAAGAAGAGAAGAAGGAAGAAGCUCUGCUUAAAGCUGAAAAAACUGUAUCUCGAAAACAAUCUAUUAGCAAAGUAGAAGAAUUACGAACAGAAAGUCGAAGAAGUUCUUUAAUAGCAACUGACGAAAAGAUCGAAGAAGUCAAGACCGAAAGCAGGCGAGCUUCCAUCAUUGAGAAAAAAGUAAUCACCGAAAAGGUAGAUAGAGAGAUCCCGAAAUUUAGAUCCACAAUAAUACCAACACAUCACACGAAGAUUUUACCGACAGAUAGAGAUAUUGAACAUUAUGAGCCUGAACCCGAUGAUGAUGAUGAAAUCGAGGAUAUUUGGGCUUCAGUGCCAAGAGAACCCGAAAUAAGAUCCAUUAUAAAAAGAGAGCCAAAAUUACAACCGGAUAACGCCAAUGAAUUACUGCUUGAUAAUUACGAGGAUACAUCUACACCACGUGCGAGUAGACCUAGUAAAAAUAUCGAGGUUUCCAUUGAACAAUCACAACCAAGUACAGAAAAAAGAGAAUCGAUUAAAUAUAACGAGAACGAAUCAAAAAUUAUACCUAAACAAAUUGAAGAAUUGGACAAUGAUAUAGAGGACAUUUGGGCAGAUAGACCACAAGAACCAGAAAUUAAGUCGAUUUUAAGAGAGGCCCCGCAAAGAACUCUCAUAUAUUUAUCACGGACAGAGUAUAUAGUACCCGAGGAUACUUGGAAAUCAAAUUUAAUAAACAACGAGUCCGAAACUUUGAAAGAAAAAUCAAAAUUGCCUUUAAUUGAUGAUAAAGUAGAGGAGAAAGUUGAACCGAAAUUAAAAAAAACUCGUAAGAAAGUUGGAACAGGCAAGAAAGAGGACGCGAAACCAAAAUCUACUUCUCGCAAACUUGACGAAGCGAGCAAGAAAAAGGAACCGCUUGCAAGACGUAGGUCAUCGACAAAGUCUACAGAGGGGUCUAAGGAUGAAGAACCUACGUCAGAUUCUAAAGAAAGAGAUAACGUUUCCAAUGGAACUAAGAAGGAUGAAGUCGUCGCUAAAGCUAAAACUGUUGGAAAGGAAGAAAAGAAGGAGGAACUCAAAUCGACACUCAAAAUAGAAGAAUCUAAGAUACAAGAACCCUCAAAACCAAGAACUCUCGGUAAACCCGAGGAGACCAAGGAAUCUAUCGCGAAAUCCAAAACACCCGUUGAUAAACCUGUUGAAGAGGUGAAGAAGAAGGAACCUGUCCCAAAACUUAAGACUACACUUGCUAAACCCGAGGAGGCUAAGAAAGAGGAACCUGCUCCAAAACCUAAGCCCACACUUACUAAACCCGAGGAGCUUAAGAAGGAAGAACCUGCUUUAAAACCCAAAACUACACUUGCUAAACCUGAGGAGGCUAAGAAAGAGGAACCUGCUUUAAAAUCCAAAAUCACACUUGCUAAACCUGAGGAGGCUAAGAAGGAAGAACCUGCUUUAAAACCCAAAACCACACUUCCAAAACCUGAGGAAACUAAGAAGGAGGAACCUGCUUUAAAAUCCAAAACCACACUUACUAAACCUGAGGAGGCUAAGAAGGAGGAACCUGCUUUAAAACCCAAAACCACACUUGCUAAACCUGAGGAAGCUAAGAAGGAAGAACCUGCUUUAAAACGCAAAACCACACUUGCUAAACCUGAGGAGGCUAAGAAGGAAGAACUUGCUUUAAAAUCCAAAACCACAGUUGCUAAACCUGAGGAGGCGAAGAAGGAGGAACCUGCUUUAAAACCCAAAACCACACUUCCUAAACCUGAGCAAACUAAGAAAGAGGAACCUGCUUUAAAAUCCAAAACCACAAUUGCUAAACCUGAGGAGGCUAAGAAGGAGGAACCUGUUUUAAAACCCAAAACCACACUUGCUAAACCUGAGGAAGCUAAGAAGGAGGAAUCUGCUUUAAAACCCAAAUCCACACUUAUUAAACCUGAGGAGGCUAAGACGGAAGAACCUGCUUUAAAACCCAAAACCACACUUGCUAAAUCUGAGGAGGCUAAGAAGGAAGAACCUGCUUUAAAACCUAAAACCACACUUGCUAAACCUGAGGAGACUAAGAAGGAGAAAUCUGCUUUAAAACCCAAAACAACACUUACUAAACCUGAGGAAGCUAAGAAGGAGGAACCUGCUUUAAAACCCAAACCCACACUUGCUAAACCUGAGGAGGCUAAGAAAGAGGAAUCUGCUUUAAAAUCCAAAACCACACUUGCUAAACCUGAGGAAACUAAGAAGGAGGAAUCUGCUUUAAAACCCAAAACCACACUUGCUAAACCUGAAGAAGCUAAGAAGGAGGAACCUGCUUUAAAACCCAAAACCACACUUGCUAAACCUGAGGAAGCUAAGAAGGAGGAACCUGCUUUAAAACCCAAAACCACACUUGCUAAAACUGAAGAGGCUAAGAAAGAGGAACUUGCUCCAAAACCUAAGACCACACUUACUAAACCUGUAGAGGCUAAGAAGGAAGAACCUGCUCCAAAACCUAAAGUCACACUUACUAAACCCGAGGAAGCCAAGAAGGAAGAGCCUGCUCAAAAACCUAAAACUACACUUGGUAAACCCGAGGAAGCUAAGAAGGAAGAACCUGCUCCAAAACCUAAAGUCACACUUGGUAAACCCGAACGAAAGGAAGAGGAACAGACCAGAAAACUUAGUCUCAAGCCUGGAGCGAAGAUCGAAGAGGAGGCGAAGACUCUGAACAAAGUAGAGCUCAAGCCAGUGGCAGCCGAGAUGAACGAGAAGAAAUCUGGACUACGCAAACCACCGAAAUACGAAAUUAAAGCCGACAGCUUUCAAUCUAUCCAACUUAAACCAGUUUCAAGGGAUCCUAAAACACCUCAAAAAGCUGAAAAUGGCGGUAUCGAGUUGAAGAAAACGGAGAAAACCGAGAAGGUCGAGGCGAAGAAGAUGAAAAUUGGGAAAGCUGGCAAGGAGAAGAGUUACGAGCUUCCAGAGAUCCCGGAUUACGAGCGGCCUGUACUCGAGAAGCCGCAGGAAUUCGAGUUCGGUGAGCACGUGGCACGAGACAAAACUAAACUGGAAAGACCGGCGACGCAGAAAUUCGAAUCCAAGCCGAAAGUGCCAGAAAUCAAAGCGCCCGAGGCACCCAAGAUCGAAGUGAUCAAAGACGUAACGCCGGCUGGAAGCAGAAAGAGUUCGUUGAUUCCUGGUAGCGGCACAACCAGUCGACGGGGCUCCUUGAUUCCGCCCGAGGAAUUGGGUCGCAGACCCAGCCUGAUCAUCAGUGACGAGGAGAAUAGAAAGCUGCGACCAGGCGAGGUGGUGGACGAGCGUAAGCGUCGUCGUCCGAGCACGGACGUCCGAAGACCCAGCGUGGCGGACCUCGAGAAUAAGAUCAAUCAGCCGAGCACACCUCUUCGAGAUGUCGGACCACCGGGACCACCUCAAAUCAUCGAUGUCCAGGAAUCGUAUUCCGCGGUGGAAGACUCGACGGCGUACCUCACGGUCGGAGUUGAGGGUACGCCGGCGCCUACCUUCAAAUUCUACAAAGGAAUCACCGAGAUCAUCGAAGGUGGCCGAUUCAAGUUCCUUACGGACACAGAGACCAAUACGAUCACCCUCUGCAUGAGGAAGACGAAGCCCAACGACGAGGGCACGUACAAGAUCGUCGUGAGCAAUAUCCAUGGCGAGGAUUCCGCCGAGAUGCAGCUUUACGUUUCCGACGCCAGUGGUAUGGACUUCCGUGCUAUGUUGAAAAAGAGAAGGUAUCAAAAAUGGGCAAGGGAGGAGCAAGAACAGGAAAAGGUAGAUUUGAAGGAAGUGGAGAAACCGAUACCAGCUUUGAAGAAAGUGGAAAAGAAGCCGGAAAGUUUCCUGAAACCGUUGGUUGAUCAAUACGCCAAGGAGGGCAAAGACAAGAAGGUCGUGUUCGAGGCGAAUUUCUCGAAACCGAAUUGCAAACCGAAAUGGUUCUUCCGAAAGGACGAACUGUUCCCUUCGUCGAAAUACAAGUUCAAGAACGAGGAAGAUUGCUACCAGCUCAUCAUCAUGAAUCCCAAAGUGGAGGACACAGGAAAGUACACGAUCGAAAUUUCCGGUGUCUCCAGUACUGCCUUCCUCAACGUCGAAGAGCCGGAUCCAACUUACACGUUCACCAAACCGCUCUCCAAAAAGACGAGUGGUUACACGAAGCACGAGGUUUACAUGGAAUGUACCGUCAGUUCGAAUCUCGCUCAAGUCACGUGGUACAAAGGAAAAACGAAACUCGAGGAUGGUGAUACGUAUAGCAUAUCGAAGGAUAUGAACGGCGUUUGUCGUUUGACUAUAAAGAGUGCAACCCUUGAAGAUAGCGGCGAAUACAUUUGCAAGAUCAACAAACAAACGGACAAAACUGAAACGGUUCUAACCGUAGUAGAAUAUCCGUACAAAUUCGUGAAGGUGUUGAAAUCGCAGCAACUAGUUGAAAAAGAAACGUUGACGCUGGUCUGCGAGCUGGACGAUGCCGGUGGAGAGGUGAAAUGGUUCAAAGGUGACCAAGAGAUUGUACCUGACAAGAGGGUACAAAUCAAAGAGGAUGGAAGAAAGAGGAAGCUCAUCAUCAAAGACACUAAGGUUACGGAUGCUGGACAAUACUCCUGCGUGAGCAAUGCCGAUAAGACUGAGGCAGAAAUAGUUAUAAACUAUGCGAAUCGUUUCAACAAGAAAUUGAAGGAUACGGUAGCCGUGGAGAGGGAGAAAUUGGUGUUGGAUGUGGAACUCCAGGAUCAAACAGCGCCUGCGAUCUUCUUCUUUAACGGGAAUCGAAUCGAGCCCAACGAGAGAGUCGAGAUCAAGAAUUUGGGCGGUGGAAAGCAUCAGUUGAUCUUCAACAGGGUGGAGAUGACCGAUGACGGUGAAAUCAGUUGCGAGAGUGGACAGUUGAAGAGCAGUUGUAAGCUCACCGUGAAGAAGGGCGAGAGCAAGCCCAUCGUUGAAAUCCCUGACAAGGUCGAAGGUCCUUGCAACACGCCUCUUGUAUUCGUUGUACCUUACAAGAUCGAAGGGACGAAACAAAGUCAGGUAGAAGCGAAACUGUUGAAAGACGGUAAAGCACUGCCGUUGAAGGAUGUAGAGAUAGUGGUUGGCGAGGACAAGAUCACCUUCAAGAUCAAAAAACCUUCUCGGGACCAGUCUGGUGUUUAUCAAGUAAAAAUAAGUAACAACCAAGGGGAGGAAGUGAACGACGUGAAUAUUAAUAUGCAAGACGUGCCAUCCCCGCCCAGAGACGUGGACGUGAACGAGAUCUUCCAAGACUCUUGCGUGGUGUCUUUCAAACCUUCCAAGGACGACGGUGGAACGCCCAUCACGAAAUACGUGAUCGAGCGCCUGGACCUCAGCUUGAAGGCGCAGUGGGACAACGUGGGCGAAGUCAUGCCCGGGGAGAAAUGCUCGUACAAAGUGCAAGAUCUCGUUGCAAAGAAGGAGUACAAGUUCCGUAUCAGGGCUGUGAACAAGCUUGGCUCCAGCGAGCCGGCCAUGUUCGGGAAGCCGGUGCUCGCGAAAGAUCCAUGGGAUGAGCCAAGUAAACCCAAGAACGUGGAGGUGACCGACUGGGACAAAGAUCACGCUGACUUAAAAUGGACGAAGCCCGAAAGCGACGGUGGCGCACCCAUCACGGGAUACAUAAUCGAGUACAAGGAAAAGUUUGGCAAAGAGUGGGUGAAGGGGAAGGAAAUCGAGGGAGAUAUAACGGAGGCGACCAUAGACGGGUUGAAGGAGGGUACCCAAUACGAGUUCAGGAUCCGAGCCGUGAACAAAGCCGGCCCCGGUGAACCGUCCGACGCCACGAAACCGAUCAUAGCCAAGUGCCGAUUCGUGAAGCCUUACAUCGUCGGGGACGGUCUGACGAACUUAAUCGUCAAAAAGGGGCAGAUAAUCAAGUACGAUAUCAAGUAUGCCGGUGAACCUGAACCGGAGGUUCAUUGGUUUCUUGGGGAGAAAGAGUUGGUUCAAGAUACAGCCGAGAGGAUCACGAUCGAUAAAUACGAGAGAAACACGGUGCUCACCGUUAGGAAGACAACUAGGCCUGAUUCUGGAAAAUACAAGCUUGUUCUGUCCAAUAGCUCUGGAACUUGCGAGAGCGUCGGUGACGUGGUUGUUCUCGACAAACCUUCGAAACCGACCGGCCCGUUGAAAGUGGAAGAAGUUCGCGCUGACCAUGUGAAGGUAAAGUGGGAAAAGCCCGAGGAUAAUGGAGGUACCGAUAUUACCGGCUACGUGUUGGAAAAAAUGGACAUGGAUACGGGACGAUGGAUCCCUGCCGGCGAAGUGGGUCCGGACGAAACUAGCUUCAACUUCACCGGGUUGACGCCGAAGAAGAAGUACAAGUUCCGCGUGAAAGCUGUGAACAAGGAGGGCGAAUCGGAACCGCUCGAAGUCGAGGAAGCGAUUCUUGCCAGGAAUCCUUAUGACGAGCCUGACAAGCCUGGCAAACCUGUAAUCUUCGACUACGAUAACGUCAGCGUAUCCUUGAAGUGGGAGAAGCCUCAGAACGACGGCGGUAGACCUAUCACUCAUUACACCGUGGAGAUGAAGGACAAAUUCGCUGUCGACUGGGUGGAAGUGACGAAAACGACCGACGCCACUCCUGAGGCAAAGGUCGAAGGUUUGAAGGAAAAGAUGAUCUACCAGUUCCGAGUUAGGGCCCACAAUAAAGCGGGCCCCAGUCAGCCUAGCGAGCCCACCGACAAUCAUCUUUGCAAGCACAAGAAUCUUAAACCGAGAAUCGACAGAACGAAUUUCAAGUCUAUAGUCAUCAAGGCUGGACGCACGCACAAAUGGUCGGUAGACAUCAUAGGCGAACCGCCUCCAGAAGUUAAGUGGAUUUGGAGGGACAACAUACCUCUUACUACUACCGAACGUAUCAAGAUCGAGAACGUGGAUUAUCACACAGACUUUACCAUCGUAAACGCGAUGCGUAAAGACACUGGAAAGUAUACCCUCAUCGCGGAGAAUGUUAACGGAAAGGACGAGGAAACCGUGGAACUUACUGUUCUCGGCAAGCCAGACGCGCCGAAAGGUCCGUUGGAAGUGACGGAUAUUACAGCCACGUCGGCCAAGGUGAAGUGGGAGAAGCCGGAGGACGAUGGCGGCGUUCCGAUCAAAGAAUACGAGAUUGAGAAAUUGGACACGAAAACUGGCAAGUGGGUGAGAGUGGGAAAGGUUCCGGGCAAUGCGCCGCUCACGGAAUUCGAGGUGACGGGAUUGAAUCCGGGAAGCGAGUACAAAUUCCGCGUUACAGCGGUCAACGACGAAGGUGAUUCCGAACCUUUGGAGAGCGAGCGGGGAAUCAUCGCCAGAAAUCCGUACGACGAGCCGCAUAAACCUGGAACACCUGAGAUAACCGACUAUGACAACGAGUCGAUAAGUUUGAAAUGGACCGCUCCUGAUUUCGACGGCGGUGCGCCUAUCGAGAAGUACAUAAUCGAGAAGAAGGAUCGUUACAAACCAGAUUGGGAGAAGGCGAUGGAGGUACCUGGAAAUCAACUGGAGGCCAAAGUAGGGGACUUGAAGGAACGCGGGGAAUAUCAGUUCAGGAUCAUCGCCGUGAACAAAGCCGGCCCAUCUCCGCCAUCCGACGCUUCAAAGAUGCAAAUAUGCAAACACAAAGCGCUGAAACCAAGAAUCGAUCGUACGAACUUGAAACCAAUCACGGUCCGUGCUGGCAAGCCAAUCAAAUACGACGUGGACGUUCGUGGUGAACCGCCUCCAGAGAUCACGUGGUAUCACGCGAAUCAGGCGGUUCAGAGCGGUGGUAAUAUAGAAAUUGUCAACGUCGAUUACAAUACGAAACUCAAUAUUACCGACUGCGUGCGAAAAAAUACCGGCGUGUGGAAAAUAAAGGCUGUAAAUCCUCACGGUGAAGACGAGGCUGAGGUCGAAGUUACGAUACUAUCUGCUCCUGGAAAACCAAAGGGUCCUUUGAAGGUAUACGAUGUUACAAAGAGCGGUUUGAAAUUGAAAUGGGAAAAACCGGAAGACGAUGGCGGUUUACCCAUUACCAGUUAUCAAAUUGAGAAACUGGACAAAGCGACCGGCAGAUGGGUCCCCGUCGGGCGUACUUCGGAUACCGAAAUGGACGUUAAAGGUCUUCAAGAGGGUCACGAAUACGAAUUCAGGGUGAAGGCGAUUAACGAAGAAGGGGAAUCCGAGCCAUUGGUCACCGACAGUUCGACCAUUGCAAAGAAUCCUUAUGACGUAGCCAGUAAGCCUGGUGUGCCGGAAUUCGAAGAUUGGGACGUGGAUCGUGUCGAUUUGAAAUGGGAACCGCCGAAAAGUACGGGAGGCGCACCUAUUACGGGUUACAUAAUCGAAAUGAAGGAGAAGCCGUCGCCGAAUUGGCAAGAGGCCACUGUAACAGACUCGCCCCAACCAAAAGGGCGUGUCACUGGUUUGAAGAAAGGUUCCGUGUACCAAUUCCGCGUGCGUGCCGUUAACAAAGCUGGGCCAUCGGAACCCAGCGAUCCAACCAAGCCGCACGUGGCAAAGGCGCGACAUCUGAAACCACAUAUAAAUCGCGAUAAAUUGAAAACGAUUAAAGUAAGAGCGGGUCAAAUGGUGAAACUAGAAGUCGACAUCGAAGGUGAACCACCUCCAACCGUUACCUGGAACUUUGGAGGCGCGGUCCUUCAAACAAGUGCCAACGUGAAAAUCGAUAACGAGGAUUACCUAACCAAAAUUCAUUUGACCCAAACUAGCCGCAAACUGAGUGGCAAAUACACCAUCAAAGCUGUGAACGAUUCUGGACAGGACGAAGCUGACGUGGAGAUUAUCAUUCAAGAUAAGCCCGGAAAACCGGAAGGUCCUCUGGAAGUGACGGACAUCCACAAGGAAGGAUGCAAAUUGAAGUGGAACAAACCGAGGGACGAUGGCGGUUUACCGUUGUCCGGUUAUCUGGUCGAGAAAAUGGAUGUCACGACCGGCCGAUGGGUACCAGUUGGCAUAGUUGAUCCAGACAAAACGGAACAGACUAUCACUGGUUUGGAACCUGGAAAACGAUACGAAUUCCGCGUGAAAGCUGUAAACGAAGAGGGAGAAUCGGAACCGUUGCAAACGGACGUUCCUAUUAUCGCCAAGAAUCCUUAUGAUCCUCCAUCUGCGCCUGGUCUACCAGAAAUCAUCGACUGGGCCGAAAACAUGGUGAAAUUGAAAUGGGAACCACCGAUACGAGACGGUGGUGCACCCAUCACAGGUUACAUAAUCGAAAUGAAAGACAGAUUUGGCACCACGUUCGUGAAGGCUGCCGAGGUGGAAGGACGAGUGUGUACGGGAACAGUGACACGAUUGGAGGAAGGAAAUCAAUAUCAGUUUAGAGUAAGAGCUGUGAACAAAGCAGGUCCCGGAGAACCUAGCGAGGCUACCAAUCCUCAUACUGCCAAAGCUCGUUGGCUGAAACCGUUCAUCGAUCGAACCAAUUUGCAACCGAUAACCGUAAAAGUCGGUCUUACCGUCACUUUGGAUGUGAAUAUCAUUGGUGAACCGCCACCAAAUGUAACCUGGUUCUUCCAAGACAAGGAGAUCGUGUCGGACGACACGAUACGGGUCGACAACAUUGACUACAAUAGCAAAUUUUUCAUUUUGAAAACGAAACGAGCGCACACGGGAAAAUACGUGAUCAAAGCGAAGAACGAGGUGGGCGAGGACACUGCCGAUGUCGAGAUAAUCGUCAUCGGUAAACCAAGCAAGCCAAAGGGUCCUCUGGAAAUAUCCGACGUGAACAAACACGGUUGCAAGUUGAAGUGGGAGAAACCCGACGACGACGGUGGUGUACCGGUCGAGUACUACGAGAUCGAAAAGUUGGAUCCCCUGACGGGCCAAUGGAUCCCUUGCGCGAAAUCCGUGGAACCAGAAGUGACGGUGACUGGUCUUCAAGAAGGGAAACCGUACAAGUUCCGCGUGAAGGCGGUGAAUCGGGAGGGCGAGUCGGACGAUUUGGAAGCGGACAAAUCCAUCAUUGCGAAGAAUCCGUUCGACGAGCCUGGAAAACCUGGCCGGCCCGAGAUCAAGAACUGGGACAAAGACUUCGUCGAUCUCGAGUGGACUCCGCCCAAAGACGACGGUGGCGCCCCGAUCGAGAAAUACAUCGUGCAGAUGAGGGACAAGGAAGGCCGCCAGUGGAUAGACGUGGCGAAAGUGCUUGGAGAUCGCACCACCGCCAAAGUAACCGAUGGUAUCGAGGAAGGUCACGAGUACGAGUUCAGAAUAGUUGCUGUAAACAGAGCCGGGCCAGGAGAGCCGAGCGAUACUUCGAGAAGCGUUGUUGCCAAACCUCGAUUUUUGGCACCGCGCAUCGAUCGCAAAAAUCUACAUAAGAAGGUUAUGCGAGUUGGCCAAUUGUUACGAAUCGAGGCUGAUGUACAAGGUGAACCGCCACCGCUCGUCACCUGGAAGCUGAAGGACGCCGUGCUGAAGAGCAUGGAUCGUCUCAAGAUCGAGAACGAGGAUUAUCACACCACCUUCAUCAUAAGUAAAUUGCAGAGAUCCGAUACGGGCACGUACACCGUCGUAGCUAAGAACGACAGCGGCACGGAUCAAGUGGACGUUGAGAUCCUGGUGGUGAGUAAACCUAGCAAGCCGAAGGGGCCGCUCGAGGUGUCCGACGUAACGGCUGAAGGAUGCAAGCUGAAAUGGGACAAACCGGACGACGAUGGUGGGGAGCCAGUGGACCACUACGUGAUCGAGAGGAUGGACGUUGAUACGGGAAGAUGGGUGCCUUGCGCGACGAGUAAGACGCCGGAAGCCGAGGUAACAGGCCUCAACGAAGGCAAGGACUACAUGUUCCGUGUGAAGGCUGUCAAUUCCGAGGGUGAAUCGGAACCUUUGGAGACGGCGAUUCCGACCACGGCAAAGAAUCCUUACACCGAGCCAGACGCUCCCGGCAAGCCUGAUCUCAAGGAUUGGUCGAAGCAACACGUGGACCUGAAAUGGAAGGCGCCGAAGAAGGACGGCGGGGCGCCGAUAGAGAAGUACAUAAUCGAGAAGAAGGAUCAGUACGGGAAAUGGCAGAAGGCGGCCGAGGUUCCGGGAGAUAAAACGGAGGGUAGGGUGGAGGGGUUGAUCGAGGGGCAAAAGUAUCAGUUCCGCGUGAAAGCGGUGAACAAAGGCGGGCAAAGUAAACCGAGCGAGCCGAGCGACAGCCUGGUCGCGAAGGAUCGUUACGCCGCGCCCAGGAUCGAUCGCACGAAUUUGAAGGACGUGACGAUCAAGGCUGGGACCAAUAUUCGUCUGGACGUGAAGGUUACCGGCGAGCCGCCGCCAACGAAAACUUGGUAUCUGAACAAGGCGAAGCAGGAAUCGGGCGGUGUGUUGACCAUCGAGCUGGAGGACUACAGGACCAAAUUCUUGGUGUCGUCCGCCUCGAGAGCUCAUUGCGGUACGUUGACGCUGAAGGCGGAGAACAGUUCCGGAAAGGACGAGGCCUCGAUCGAGGUUCUCGUAUUGGACAAACCUGGUAAACCGGAGGGACCCCUCAAAGUGUCGGACGUGCACAAAGAGGGAUGCACGUUGAAGUGGAAUCCACCAUUGGACGACGGUGGCGUGCCACUCGACCACUACGUGGUGGAAAAGAUGGAUACGGAGACGGGAAGGUGGAUACCGGUUGGACGCACCAAAGAGCCGGGCAUGGUCGUGGAAAAUCUGGUCCCAGGUCAAGAGUACAAGUUCCGAGUCUCGGCUGUGAACGCGGAGGGUGAAUCGGAACCUUUGGAAACGGAUCAUGGGAUCGUAGCCAAGAAUCCAUUUGACGAGCCAGGUCCACCUGGUCGACCAGAGGCAGCCGAUUGGGACAAGGAUCAUAUAGACCUAAGAUGGACUCCACCCUUAAACGAUGGUGGAUCUCCAAUCACUGGGUAUAUAAUUGAAAAGCGCGAGAAAGACGGCCCACGAUGGAUAAAGGCGUGCGAAACCGGACCCGAGUGCAAGGGACGAGUCGAUAAUCUCGACGAGGGCGUCGAGUACGAGUUCCGUGUGAAAGCUGUUAACAUUGCUGGACCCGGCGAACCAUCCGACACCAGUAAACCGAUCACGGCCAAAAGCCGACGAUUGGCGCCAAAGAUUGACAGAAAGAACUUGCGUGAUAUCACGGUGCGCGAGAACGAAGGAUUCCACUUCGACGUGAAGAUCAUCGGAGAACCACCGCCAGACGUCACUUGGGUGAUCAACAACAAGAGUAUCCAACAAACGACGUUCCGCAGGAUACAAAACGUCCCGUACAACAGCAAGUUUUUCAACGACAAACCGGAACGAAAAGACAGCGGCAUCUAUAAGAUUACUGCUGUGAAUCAAUAUGGAUCCGACACCGCCGAAGUGGAAGUCACCGUUGUCUCCAAACCUGCAAAACCCGAAGGACCGCUCGAAGUGUCCGAUAUCCACGCAGAGGGAUGCACUUUGAAAUGGAAGAAGCCGAAGGACGACGGUGGGGAGCCCAUCGAGGGUUAUCUAGUGGAAAAGUUCGAUCCGGACACGGGUGUCUGGUUACCGGUCGGUAAAACGACAGGCCCGGAAAUGAAGGUGGAAGGAUUGACACCUGGACACGAGUACAAGUUCAGAGUGAAGGCGCUUAACAAAGAAGGAGAAUCGGAACCGUUGGAGACGUACAGCUCGAUCGUGGCCAAAGAUCCAUUCACCGUACCAAGUCCUCCUGGUGCACCUGAACCUGUCGACUGGACCGCCAAUCAGGUCGAGUUGUCUUGGAAGGAGCCGGUGAGCGAUGGCGGGUCACCCAUCACCGGGUACAUCAUCGAGAAGAAGGACAAGUACAGCACGAUGUGGGAAAAGGCUUUGGAAAUCGAGACGCCCACCACGAAAGGCCUGGUGCACGGCCUCAUCGAGGGUAACGAGUACCUGUUCCGCGUAAUAGCCGUGAACAAAGCCGGCCAAUCGGAGCCUGGCGACACAAGCAAAACGUUCACCGCUAAACCGCGUUACCUGGCACCCAAGAUCGAUCGGCGCAAUCUGAGGGACGUUACGCUGUCGGCCGGCUCGUUGCUGAGAUUCGACGUUAACGUGAUCGGUGAACCUCCUCCUCACAUCGAGUGGCGAUACGGCGCGAUUCCCCUUCACUCGGACAGAAAGGUGCAGAUCGACAAUUCCGAGUACAACACCAAGUUCAGCAUUCGUCCGGUGAGCCGGGACGACAGCGGCGAUUACACGAUCACGGCGACCAACUCGUCGGGCAGGGAUUCGGUGACGGUGCAGGUGACGGUUACGGACAAACCGAUGCCGCCGGAGGGUCCGCUUCAAGUUUCGGACGUGCACAAGGAGGGGUGCAAGUUGAAGUGGAAGAGGCCGAAGGACGACGGCGGCACGCCGAUCGAAUAUUAUCAAGUGGAGAAAAUGGAUCCUGAAACUGGUUGCUGGGUGCCUUGCGGUCGGUCCACCGAGCCUAAUCUGGAAGUGUCCGGAUUGACACCGGGCAAAGAAUAUCUGUUCCGGGUUACGGCUGUGAACGCAGAAGGUGAAUCGAAACCUCUGGAAGCGGAACAGGCUAUCCUAGCCAAGAAUCCGUAUGACGAGCCGGGCAAACCGGGCGACCUACGCGCCACCGACUGGGACAAGGACCACGUAGAUCUCGCUUGGUCUCCGCCGACGAGCGACGGUGGCUCCCCCAUCACGGGCUACAUAAUCGAGAAGAAGGACAAAUACGGGGAGUGGGAGAAGGCUGUGGAAGUGCCUGCGUACGAAACGUCGGCGACGGUUCCCGACUUGAUCGAGGGUCAACCGUACGAGUUCCGCGUCCGAGCCGUGAACAAGGCUGGCCCCGGCGAGCCUUCAGACCCGACCCCAACGAUCAUUGCGAAACCGCGAAAUCAACCGCCCAAGAUCGAUCGUACGAAUUUGAUCGAGGUUAGGAUCAAGGCGGGGCAGAAUUUCAGCUUCGACGUGAAGGUGUCCGGCGAACCUCCGCCGACCACGAAAUGGUUGUUGGGCAAACGGGAGGUUCGGCCCACCGAGCGCGUCAAAGUGAAGCACGUCGACUACAGCACGAGCCUGAGCGUGAGGAUGGCGACGAGGGCGGAAUCGGGCAGGUACACGAUAACAGCCGAGAAUAUAAACGGCGAGGACGAGGCGUUCGUGAAGGUGACGGUUCUGGACGUGCCGAGCCCGCCCCAAGGCCCGCUCAGGGCGUCCGACGUGCACGCCGAAGGCUGCACCUUGACCUGGAAACCGCCCGAAGACGACGGUGGCCAACCGAUAGACAAAUACGUCGUGGAGAAAAUGGACGAGGCGACUGGCCGUUGGGUGCCGGCAGGAGAAACGGACGGACCCCAAACCUCGUUGCAAGUUGAGGGAUUGACGCCUGGUCACAAGUAUAAAUUCCGUGUUCGGGCGGUGAACAAACAGGGUAAAUCGGAACCGUUGGCCGCGAUGCAGAGCAUCGAGGCUAAAAAUCCUUUCGACGAACCUGGGAAACCUGGCACACCUGUGGUCAGCGACUACGACUCUGACUUCGUCGAGCUUCAAUGGGAUCGUCCACAGGAAGACGGUGGCUCGCCCAUUACCGGUUACAUAAUCGAGAAACGGGACAAGUAUAAUCCGAACUGGGAGAAAUGCGCAGAGGUCGAGGGUGACGUGAAUCGUGGAAAAGUGAACGAUCUGGUCGAGGGUAUUCACUACGAAUUCCGCGUCAGAGCGGUUAACAAAGCCGGACCUGGCGAGCCGUCCGAUGCUUCCAAAUCUCACUUGGCUCGACCCAAGAAUCUUCCACCAAAGAUCGACAGAAAAUACAUGCUGGACGUAAAAGUGAAAGCGGGUGGUUUCUACGACUUCGACGUUCCCGUGAUCGGCGAGCCGCCACCGAGCAAGGAAUGGUCUCUGAAGGGCACGGUACUUUUGUCCAACGACCGCAUCAAGAUCGUGAACGAAGAUUACAACACGAAAGUACGCGUGAUGGAGGCAAGGCGUUCCGAUUCCGGCGUGUACACACUGGAAGCGAGGAACAUCAACGGCAAGGACAGCGCCACCCUGACCGUGAACGUGCUCGACGUGCCAUCUCCGCCGGAAGGGCCCCUCAAGAUCGACGGAGUGACGAAGAACGGCUGCAAUCUGAAAUGGCGUCCACCGAAGGACGACGGCGGUUCCGAGAUCCUCUACUACCAGGUGGAGAAGAUGGAUACGGAGAACAUGAGAUGGGUGCCCGUAGCGGAAGCUACGUCCACUUACGCCCACGUGGAUCACUUGAUCGAGGGUCACGACUAUCAAUUCCGGGUGCGCGCUGUGAACAAGCAAGGCGAGUCCUUGCCGCUCACAGGCAUGGACACCAUCACGGCUAAAGAUCCGUACGACAAGCCCGACAAGCCUGGAACGCCCGUGGCCACCGACUGGGAUAAGGACCGGGUCGAUUUGGAAUGGACACCGCCCAAAAAGGACGGCGGAUCACCGAUUACGGGAUACAUCGUUGAAAAGAAGCCCCGCUUCGGCCAAUGGGAGAAGGCUUUGGAGAUCGACGGAGCUAAGACCAGCGCUCGAGUUCCAGAUCUGGUCGAGGGCCAAGAGUACGAGUUCAGAGUUAUUGCCGUGAAUAAAGCAGGUCCUGGCGAGCCGUCAGAGGCCUCCUCUCCAAUCGUCGCGAAACCACGUUUCCUUGCACCAUCCUUCGAUCCGCACGCGUUGAGCGAUCUGGUUGUCCGUGCUGGGCAGAAAAUCAACUACAUCAUCCCUAUUCAAGCAUCGCCCAAACCCACCGCUACAUGGUCCGUUGACGGAGCCGUGAUCAUGGCCGAUUCUCGCCACGAGAUGUACACCACAAGUACGGAGACUACUUUCGAAAUUCCAUUCUCUGUACGAUCCGACACCGGUCGGUACACUCUGACCCUGGAGAACGAGCAUGGAAAGUUCAGUGCAAGCGCCAGGGUCACAGUCCUCGACAGACCAUCGCCACCUCAGAAGCCUCUCGAAAUCAGCAAGAUCACCAAAGAAGGUUGUCACUUGGCUUGGGGCCAUCCGUUGGACGACGGAGGCAGCCCCAUAUUACACUACGUUAUCGAAAAGAUGGAUUUGUCACGAGGGACUUGGUCAGAUGCUGGGAUGAGCAUGAUACUUAGUCACGAAGUGGCGAGAUUGACCCAUCGCAAGGAAUAUCUUUUCCGGGUUAAAGCUGUGAACACGAUAGGAGAAUCUGAUCCCCUCGAAGCGCCAAAGAGUAUCGUUGCCAAGAAUGAAUUCGACGAACCGGACGCUCCUGGAAAACCACAGAUCACGGAUUGGGACAAAGAUCACGUCGACUUGCAAUGGCCAGUCCCGAGCAGCGAUGGUGGCUCCCCGAUAACGGAAUAUAUAGUUCAGAAGAAGGAGAAAGGCAGCCCAUAUUGGGUGAACGCGAUUCACGUUCCUCCAACCCAGACGAACGCCACUGUGCCCGACUUGACCGAAGGACAAGAAUACGAGUUCCGCGUGAUUGCAGUGAACGCUGCUGGACAAUCUGAACCCUCUGAGCCAAGCGACCUGGUCACUGCCAAACCACGUUACCUGGCUCCCAAGAUCAAGACGCCUCUGCAAGAUAUUCGGGUCAAGGCUGGCCUCAUCUUCCACGUAGAUAUCGAUUUUAUCGGUGAACCAACCCCGGAAGUCAUUUGGACGGUUGGUAGCAGAGAAUUGGAAAGUGACAAGAGAACGACAGUUACCUCGAUAGGUUAUCAUACCAUCGUUCACACGGUCAACGCACAGAGAUCCGAUUCUGGACUGUAUCACUUGUUGUUGAAGAACAGCAGCGGAAUAGACGAAGGUAGUUUCCAGGUGAUCGUUCUCGACAGGCCAGGUCCGCCGGAAGGCCCUCUGCAAUACGAAGAGAUCACCAGUCAAUCGGUCACCUUGUCUUGGAAACCGCCCAAAGAUAAUGGCGGUAGCGAGAUCACUGGAUACAUAAUAGAGAAACGUGAUUUGACCCAUGGCGGUGGUUGGGUUCCGGCAAUAACUCACGUCAAUCCUAAGUACACCCACGCCACGGUACCGAGAUUGCUCGAAGGCACGACCUACGAGUUCAGAAUAAGCGCGGAAAAUCUUCAGGGACGCUCGGAUCCGCUCACCACCGACCACUCGAUCGUCGCCAAGAACCAAUUCGUCGCACCUGGACAACCUGGCAAGCCGGAAUGCGUCGACGCGGACAAGGAUCACAUAAAGAUCAGAUGGACGGCGCCGAUCAGCAACGGUGGAUCGAAGAUCAUUGGCUACGACGUGGAGCGACGCGAUCGUGCGACUGGUCGAUGGCUGAAAUUGACCAAGGAGCCUGCAAGAUACGCCGAAUACUACGACGACCACGUGACCGAGGGUCAUCAAUACGAGUACCGGGUGACCGCGAUAAAUGCAGCUGGAGCGGGCAAACCUAGCGACACGUCCGCCGUAUUUAUCGCCAAGCCGAUGAAAGAAAAGCCGAAAUUGAAUCUGGACGCGUUAAUCGGACGCAAGAUCAAAGUUCGUGCCGGAGAACCAAUCAACGUUAACAUUCCACUGUCCGGUGCACCGACUCCCACCAUCGUGUGGACCAAGGAUGGAAAGCCUCUCUUCGAAACUCUGAGAAUAUCGACCGAAACCAAGAGCGAUCGUACCAACUUGCUGGUCGAAAAAUCCGUCCGAGAAGAUGGCGGUAUAUACACGAUUACGGCAACGAACGAGCACGGUAAAGAUUCGGCCGAUAUCGAGGUGAUCGUGGUCGACAGACCGGGACCACCUCAAGGCCCGCUUCAAUACACCGGCACCACGCAAGAAUCCGUUUCGUUGUCGUGGAACCGACCCGUGGACGACGGUGGAUCCGACAUAACCAAUUACAUCGUCGAAGUAUCGGACUAUGGAACCGACAACUGGCGGCAAACGCCCGGAUAUUGUCCGAGAACGAGUUACACCGCCAAAGGUCUUACCGAAGGCAAGAAAUACGUGUUCAGAGUGCGAGCAGAAAACAUGUACGGUGUGUCGGAACCAUUGGAAGGCAAACCGGUCAUCGCCAAGAGCCCGUACGAUCCGCCGGAUGCUCCCAGUCAACCAGAAAUUCUCGGGUACACGCCCAACAGUUGCAGUCUUUUCUGGAAUCCACCGCUCAAUACCGGUGGCAAGCCCAUCACAGGAUAUUACGUGGAAAGACGGGAACGGGGUGGCGAGUGGCUCAAAGUCAACAAUUAUCCCACUCCGAAUACAACGUUCACGGUACAAGAUCUUCACGAGGGAUCUAAAUACGAAUUCCGUGUCAUCGCUGUCAACGAAGCCGGACCUGGCAAACCCAGUAAGCCAACCGAGCCUAUUACCGCUGGACACCAACGUCUUCGUCCUGAUGCUCCCGAACCACCGAAACCCGACAGAAUCACAAAAGAUUCGGUGACGUUAAGUUGGCGGCCGCCACGCAGCGACGGUGGCGCCAAAAUUAGAGGUUAUAUCAUUCAGAUGAAGCAGAGAGGCCAGGACGAAUGGGAUGACGUUAAUGGCGCCCUUAUACCGACCAACGUGUACACAGUGCCAAAACUCACCGAGGGAGAAGAAUAUCUGUUCAGAGUGAUAGCCGUGAACGAUGUGGGCAACAGCGAUCCUAGUCGGCCGAGCAAUCCGAUUGUUAUCGAGGAACAACCCAACAAGCCUGUCAUGGAUCUCGGAGGGGUUCGCGACAUUACCGUCCGUGCCGGCGAAGAUUUCUCCAUACACGUGCCUUAUAUUGGUUUCCCCAAACCCACUGCCACUUGGUAUGCCAACGACGUUAUCAAAGAUGAGACCGAACCACGCGUGCACCAACAAUUGGGCGACGAUUACGCUAGUCUCGUGGUGAAAAAUGCGAAACGUUCGGACGGUGGACAAUACCGUCUUCAAUUACGCAAUUCCUCGGGCUUCGACACCGCUACAAUAAACGUUAAGGUUCUGGAUCGACCAAAUCCACCCGAGAAUCUUCACGCCGAUGAAUUUGGCGGUGAUGCUCUCACGCUAUUCUGGAACCCACCGAAAGACAAUGGCGGAGCCGACAUCACGAACUACGUCGUCGAGAAACGAGAACCGAAGGGCUCGUGGUCCAAGGUGAGCAGCUACGUGACGACACCGUUCUUCCGAGUGAGAAAUCUAACGGUCGGAAGUAUGUACGAAUUCCGAGUAAUGGCCGAAAAUCAAUAUGGCACCUCGGAUCCUGUGACCACGAUGGAUCCGAUCAAGGCCAGGCAUCCGUUCGACCCACCUGGGGCACCUGGAACGCCAAAGGGCGUCGAAACGACGGAGGAUAGUAUCACGAUUACCUGGACGAAGCCUCGCCACGACGGUGGUUCACCUAUCCUCGGAUACGUUAUCGAGAAGCGUCUGUUGAGCGAGGACAAAUGGGUGAAGGCAACGCCAUCUCUCGUCCACGAAACUAAUUACAGAGUCACCGGUCUCAUAGAGAAUCACGACUACGAAUUCCGCGUCGCGGCCGAGAACGCGGCAGGACGCGGACCGUGGAGUUCCAAUUCGGACGUUAUCAGGGCCAGUGCGCCACCGUUCCCGCCAAGGAUCACGUCUGAUCUCAGUAUUCGCGACAUGACGGUGAUCGCCGGUGAACCGUUCACGAUAACCGUACCAUUCACGGCGAAUCCGAAACCAAGGCCAAGCUGGUCCAUCAACGGCGAAGAAGUGCUCACCAGCGAUAGAAUCAAAUUCGACACAACUGACAUCGCGUCCCAGUUCAUCAACAAAAAGGCAAAGAGAUCCGACACGGGAACGUACACCAUCUAUCUCACGAACACUGUCGGUACCGAUUCUGCUUCGUGCAGAGUUCUCGUGGUCGACAAACCAUCUCCUCCGCAAGGACCGCUCGAUAUUUCCGAUAUUACCCCCGAAACGUGCACGUUAUCUUGGAAAGCUCCGUUCGACGAUGGUGGUUCGCCCGUUACGAAUUACAUAGUGGAAAAAUUAGAUCCAGCUGGCUACUGGGUGAAAUUGAGUAGUUUCGUAAGGAACACCCACUACGACGUGAUCGGCCUCGAGCCGAAUCGCCAGUACAACUUCCGCGUUCGCGCUGAGAACCAAUACGGCAUAUCGGAACCGUUGCAAGCAGACGAGCCGAUCACCGCCAAAUUCCCGUUCACGGUCCCCGAUCCGCCUGGACAACCACGCGUCAUCGAUUGGGACACGUCGAACGCGACCCUGGUCUGGACUCGCCCGAUAUCCGACGGUGGAUCCCGUGUCCAGGGUUACAAGAUCGAGUUCCGGGACCCGGCCGACGACGCUCAGUGGCGAGUGGCGAACGAUUACCUGGUCAAGGACACAACGUACAUUUGCUACAAUCUGUUGAGCGGGCACGAGUACGAGUUCAGGAUACGGGCGAAGAACGCGGCCGGUUUCAGCAAGCCGAGCCCGUCCUCGCCGCCGUUCAAGCUGAAGAGCAAGUUCAACGUGCCCUCGCCACCCGGUACCCCCCAAGUCGUCAAGGUUGGCAAGAACUACGUCGACCUGAAGUGGGAGGCGCCCAUCUCCGAUGGGGGUAGCCGGAUCACGGGCUACGUGAUCGAGAAGCGCGAGGUCGGAAGCGCGAUCUGGGCCAAGUGCAACGAGUACAACGUGACCGACACCGAGUACACCGUCCUCCACCUGAUCGAGCGCGGGGACUACGAGUUCCGCAUCUUCGCGGUGAACGCCGCCGGCAGGUCGGAGCCGAGCUCCUGCACCACGCCGGUCAAGAUCUGCGAGGUGGAGGGCGGCGAGAAGCCCGAGUUCGUCAGAACUCUGCCGAUCAGCACCAACGUGCCGCUAGGCAAGACUUGCGUGCUCGAGUGCGAGGCAACCGGGAAACCGUUGCCCACUGCAAGGUGGUUGAAGAACGGAAGAGAGAUCACGAUAGGCGGCCGAUUCCGCGCAGAAGCGUUCGAUGGAAUUUACAGGCUCGUGAUAAGCGACGUUUCCGACUCGGAUACGGGAGAUUACAGCUGUCAAAUAUCGAAUCCGCUCGGCCUGGCCACGACCACGUGUCGACUGAAGAUCGGCUCGCCGCCACGCAUCGAGCGCAUGCCCGACAUCCUUUACCUUGCAGAAAACGACAACACCAAGAUCAAGAUUUACUACAGCGGGGAUCAACCGAUGGACGUCACGUUGAAGAAAGAUGGCCGAAAGGUGGUGGAGACCAGCCACAUCAAGUACACGGUGUUCGACGAGUACCUGAUCAUCUUCAUCAAGGAUAUCGAGAAGGACGACGCGGGCGUGUACGACGUUUCCAUAACGAACGACAGCGGGAGCGUGAGCGGCUCGUUCAACGUGUGCAUCACCGGUCUACCCGGUCCGCCGAGCGAGCCGCUCGAGGUGACCGACGUGAACAAGCACACGUGCACCGUCUCGUGGCGCCCUCCCAAGUUCGACGGCGGCGUCCGCGUCACCCACUACGUGGUGGAACGUCGCGACGUCAGCCACGCCCACUGGAUCAUCGCCUCCUCGUUCUGCAAGGAUUGCAGCUUCGUGGUCCAGGGCCUGACCGAGGGCCAGGAGUAUCUGUUCCGCGUGAUGGCGGUGAACGACAACGGAAUGGGCCCCCCCCUCGAGGGGACCAACCCCGUCAAAGCGAAAGCGCCCUUCGACCCGCCCGGCCCGCCUGGCACGCCGAAAGUGACCGAGGUGGGCGGAGAUUUCGUGAACCUGUCGUGGGAGAAGCCGGAGACGGACGGCGGGUCGAAGAUCCAAGGGUACUGGAUCGAUAAACGCGAAGUGGGCAGCCAGGCGUGGGUACGCGUGAACGUGAUCAUCUGCCUGCCCACCCAGAUCAACGUCACGAACCUGAUCGAGGGAAGGCAGUACGAGUUCCGCGUGUUCGCCCAGAACGCUGCAGGCCUCGGCCCCGAGUCGAAGGCCUCGACCUCGGUGAAGAUAGCCGACCCGCAGGCGGCCAAGCCGCCCGAGGUGAUCCAACCGUUGCACAAGGUGAGCUGCGUGCAGAACCACAACGCCCACUUCCAGUGCAAGAUCGUCGGCGUCCCGAGGCCGACCAUCACUUGGUUCAAGGGCGCCCGUGAGAUCGUGACCGGGUCCCGUUACAACAUAUACUCGGAGGGCGAUGUGCACAACCUGAUCAUCCACGACGUGUUCGGCGAGGACGCGGACGAGUACUUCUGCCGGGCUGUGAACAAGUGCGGCGUCAAGUCGACCAAGGGUGAACUUCUGAUCAAGACCCCGCCCAAGUUGAACGUGCCUCCGAGGUUCAGGGACACGGCCUUCUUCGACAAGGGGGUGAACGUGGUGAUCAAGAUCCCGUUCACCGGCUACCCGAAACCGAAGAUAACUUGGGUCAGGGAGGGAGAGCUGAUCGAGUCAGGGGGACAUUACACGGUUGAGGUGAAGGAGAGGCACGCGGUGCUCACGAUAAUAGACGGAAAUCGUAUAGAUUCCGGCCCAUAUCGAAUCACGGCCGAGAACGACCUGGGCCAAGACAGCGCCAUCAUCAAGAUACAGAUAAGCGACAGGCCGGACCCUCCAAGGUUCCCUCAAGUGGACAACGUCGGCCACGACUCGUUGGCUCUGACCUGGAAACCGCCCGUCUGGGACGGAGGCAGCAACAUCACCAAUUACCUGGUCGAGAAGAGGGAACACCCGAUGACCAGUUGGAUCAGGGUCGGUAACACGAGAUUCUGUUCGAUGGCUGUCACAGGGUUGAGCCCGGGCCACCAAUACGACUUCCGGGUGUGCGCGGAGAAUAUUUACGGGAGAUCGGAUCCCAGCGAGGUGACGCCGUUGAUCACCACCAAGGGCACGGUCAAGAGGGAGUUCAAACAGAAGGAGUACAAGGUGGACGAGACGGGGAAGAAGAUCCGGGGACGAAGCGACGAGAAGCCGCGGGAUUACGAUCAAUUCGUAUUCGACGUUUACAGCAAAUACGUGCCCCAGCCUGUCGAGAUCAAGCACAUCUCCGUAUACGACAGAUACGACAUCCUCGAGGAGAUAGGAACUGGCGCGUUCGGGGUGGUCCACCGUUGUCGUGAGAGAUCGACCGGGAAUAUAUUCGCGGCUAAAUUUAUUCCAGUCUCCCAUGCGAUGGAGAAGGAGCUAAUUAGGAAGGAAAUUGACAUAAUGAAUCAACUCCAUCAUCCGAAAUUGAUCAAUCUUCACGACGCGUUCGAGGACGAUGACGAGAUGGUUCUGAUCUUCGAGUUCUUAUCCGGUGGUGAACUGUUCGAGAGAAUCACGGCAGAAGGUUACACCAUGUCCGAGGCAGAAGUUAUCAACUACAUGAGACAGAUUUGCGAAGGCGUGAAACACAUGCACGAGAAGAACAUUAUACAUUUAGACAUCAAACCUGAGAAUAUCAUGUGCCAGACGCGUAACAGCACCAACGUGAAAUUGAUCGAUUUUGGUUUGGCCACGAAACUCGAUCCCAACGAGGUGGUGAAAAUCAGCACCGGCACGGCAGAAUUUGCCGCGCCAGAAAUCGUGGAACGCGAGCCGGUCGGUUUCUACACGGAUAUGUGGGCUUGCGGCGUUUUGGCCUAUGUUUUGUUGAGCGGACUUUCACCGUUUGCCGGAGACAAUGACAUCGAGACGUUGAAGAAUGUGAAAGCUUGCGAUUGGGACUUUGACGAAGAGGCGUUCCGCGAUGUAUCCGAAGAAGGCAAAGACUUCAUUAGACGAUUACUUAUCAAGAACAAAGAAAAGCGCAUGACUGCCCACGAAUGUCUUCUUCAUCCAUGGUUAACGGGCGAUCACAGUAAUCGCACGACACCGAUCGCGAGCAGUCGAUAUCUGAACUUCAGAGACAGGCUACGAGCCAAGUAUGAGAAUUGGGAUAAAUAUGUUCUUCCCAUUGGUCGAUUAGCCGAAUAUUCUUCGCUCAGGAAAUUGUUGAUUGACAAAUACAAGAUCUACGAUUCCUGCUUCGAUCGGCGACAAGCGGCACCCAGAUUCGUUAUCAAACCUACAAGUGCGUUCGCGUACGAAGGACAAAGCGUCAAAUUCACGUGUCGCGUGAUCGCGAUCGCCUCUCCGACACUUACGUGGUUCCACAACAAUCAGGAGCUCCGCCAAUCCGUGAAAUUCAUGAAACGAUAUCACGGCGACGAUUAUACGUUCAUUAUCAACAGGGUGAAACUGGAGGACAGAGGGGAAUACGUGAUCAGAGCGGAGAAUCAUUAUGGCUACAGAGAGGAAGUCGUUUUCCUCAAUGUGCAACCUUUGCCUAAAGAGAUUCCAAAGUACAGACCAGAACUACAUCCAGUUCGAAGAAGAGAGCCACUUGGUUACAACGUUUGGUUAGAAACUAUUGAAUCGGCACCGAGCUUUACCUUCCUUCUUCGACCACGUGUCAUCCAAGUCAGGCAAACGUGCAAACUUCUCUGCUGCCUCAGUGGCAAUCCAUCACCAACGGUCAAAUGGUACAAAGAUAGAGAAGAACUGUCGAAAUAUCAUUAUCCGAUGACGCACGCGGACGGUGUGGUCACGAUGGAAAUAAUCGACUGUAAACCGGAAGAUAGCGGUAAAUAUCGUUGCGUCGCGACCAACGUUCAUGGAAAGGACGAAACCAGCUGCGUAGUCAUUGUCGAAGGCACUGGAGAAACUGAGGAACAAGUUAAAUUAGCGCACGAUCUCCUACAUUCCGGGGAUCGAAAAUUCAUCGAGCAACCGCUGAAACCGGCACCACCGCCGAUCGUGACAGUGCAUAAAGCUGGUGGAUAUAGUGGAUACAGUUCUACAACCACUCAGGGUUACAACUACAGUAGUUCUUCCGCCAAGAACACUUCCUCGAGUUCAUUUUCGUAUAAAGCUACAGACUCUAGUACAGAAAAACGAAGUGUCAAGAAAUAUGGACUUGAUAGCACCGGCAGUCCAUCUCGUUCUAGAAGUACGACGAAAGAAUUGAUCUAUCCUCCGGACGAAUCUAUGAGAGCACCAAAAUUCACAAAGAAAUUGAGCGAUCUCACUAUUAAUGACGGCGAACAGUUAGAACUUAGCGUAAAUGUUGACGGUGAUCCAGAACCACAAGUAACUUGGUCCAAGAAUGGCAAGACGCUGAGUUCGUCAGGAAUCAUGAGCUUAAAAUAUAAAGGCGGUGUCGCGACUCUCGUUAUCAACGAAGUAUUCCCUGAAGAUGAGGGCGAAUAUUCUUGUCAAGCAAGCAACAGCAUUGGUACCGUAACUACCUCGUGCAAAUUAACGGUAAAACCUAUGACGAGUGGAUCUUCGAAGAAAAAGACCGAUGAUAAACCUCCCAAGAUCGUAGACCAUGUGAGCAGUAUGUUCGUAAAGGAUGGUGAACCUGUAACCUUGAGUUGUAGAAUAAUCGGUGCGAAAAAAUUCGACGUGGUCUGGUUACAUAACAAUAAGGAAAUCAAACCUAGCAAAGACUUCCAGUACAGCAGCGAAGCUAAUAUUUAUAAAUUGAACAUUGCCGAAAUCUUCCCCGAAGACUCUGGUACUUAUACCUGCGAGGCAUUCAAUGAUGCAGGAGAAAGCUUCUCAUCGUGCACAUUAAAUGUUCUUGUUCCAAACGAGGAACCGAAAAGUCCAGUCUUCGCGACAUUCCCACAAUCUGCAACGGUAAGCGAAGGCGAAUCAGUUACAUUCGUAUGCAAGACUGAAACCGCGCCUUUGAAAGUAACGUGGUUGAAAGAUGGGAAAGCGCUCCCAGAAUCUAGCAGCAGAUAUUUGUUCAGUUCAGAUGGUGACAAAUCGUUUGAGUUGCGUAUUAAGUCAUGUACAGCUAGUGAUGUGGGUCAGUAUGUUGCUCGUGCGAUUGGUAAAAAGGGUGAGACCAAUGCUGCUUUCGCCCUGAAUGUUACCAGUGCUAAUGAAUAAUGAAAUCGCUGAUUUCAUACAUGACAAGUCACGAUGCAAUAAGUUUCUAAAAUAUUAUCAGGAGGGCAAUAAGAAAAAAAAAUGUAAAAAUGAAUUGUAUAAAUGUGCAACUUGAAAAUAAUUGCGGUUAUAAGCAACAUAAUGCUCGUGUAUAAAAAAAAAAAAAUUGGAAAAUUACUGUAUUCAUGCUAUUCUAUAUGUAAAUUAUCAUGGAACGCUAUAUUUACUUUUUGUGUGCUUAUCAUAUCGCAAAACAAAAAAAAAAAAAACAAAUAAUGUUAUAUGAUGAAAAACGAAUCCAAAGCGUUAAAAAAUACGGAUAGCACGCUAUACGCUAGUACGAGCUUUGCUGUAUACACGAAUUAGUAUAUUUUAAAUACACAAUCGUACACAAACGGCAGUAUAACAUACAAAAUUUUCGUUAUAAUCAAAUAGCAGGAUAACCAGCAUCCUCGUAUAUUGUCGAAA